GCACAAACAAACCCAACCAACCAACACAAAAGAAGCAAAGAAGACAAGCAAGCAAGCAAGAAGCAGGAUACACAAGACACAGACCCCCCCCCCACACACAGAUACACACACAAGCGCACGACAUGGAGGAAGGUGCUGAGCUCCUUGUUGCGGCGGAGGCCGGCAACUUGCAGGAUGUCAUCGAUCUCAUCAACGCAGACGCAGACCUGAGCUGCGCCACAGAUGAGGGCAACACAGCGCUGCACCUCGCCUGCAAGAAAGGCUUUGAGCUGAUUGCCCACUUGCUCGUGGACAAGGGCGCCAACGUGAACACCCAGAACAAACAGGGCGAAACGCCGCUGCAUCUGGCAACGGUACAAGGCAACCAGCAGCUGGCGCGAUUCCUCAUCCACCGAAGUGCCAAUACGCAGUGCACAGACACGGACGGCAACACGCCGUUGCAUCUCGCCUGCAAGCACAACGAAGAGCUGCUGGUUCGCUCUUUGCUCGAACACAGAGCACUCGUCAACGCUCAGAACAAGAAGGAGCGCACCCCACUGCACUGCGCGGCGGCGGAGGGCCACGAGCUUGUGGUGAAGCUGCUGGUUGAGCACGGCGCAACCCUCGCCGUCAACGACGACCGCGGGCGAACGGCAUAUGACAUGGUGGAGGAGGAAGGCUUGCCCAGCCUCGUUGCUCUCGUCAAAGAGUGGGCCGCAAAGCCGCGGCAGGAGGGGAGUGCACAUCUGUACAUGACGGUGGAGGAAGCGCGGCAGCGAAUCACAGCGCUGGAGGCGGAGAACAGGGCACUGCACGACGAGACAAAAGCGUUGAGGGAAGACAAGAAGGCGCUGGAGACAACGCUGCAGUCCAUCAUGGCAUCUGUCAAGACGCUUCAGGCCAGCAUGGCCCACUUGCAGCUCCUCAACCAGUGACGUGUUGUCUGAAUGAGGUGGCGCACACCAUGCCCACCUUGCGGAGCACGAUGCGCUGUUGCGGUGCAUGUUGCGUGGUGUGAGUAAAGCUGCGUUGUUGUGGAUGGUGUUGUGUGGGUUGCGUUUGCGUUUGCGUGAAUGAAAUGGAAGUGGCGAGAAGGCGAGAAGGCGAGAAGAAAUAGCAG